CGAACCUUCGGGCUCUGUUGCUCGCUGUAGAAAACCUGCAGUCAUUGGUUCAUGACCAUCGAGCCCCUUGAGAACUCAGGUCAAGCAACGCCAGUAUCUGAAUUUGCCCAGGGAUGCUCUGAAAUGCCAACUCUUUUCCCUAUAGACUCAUGUCCGUGGCAAUGACGGAGCAUUGGUGAAUGGCCGGUCUUAUUUAUUAAUUUGCCUUUGAUUUUUUUCCUCCCCCCCCUUGCCAGCGCCCUUCUUUCACAGACCAGGAAAUACCCUUAUUCGGUCUCACUUACGUCGUCUCCCUGGAAGAUCCCAUCCACUGAAGGGAGUUUCUUUGGUAAAAGAAGUUGCAGUAGCUAACUAUUAGUUGGAAUUCAAAGGAGGGGUCACCACCAAAGAACGGGUCCUAGGAAAGCAUUCAGGAGAUUCCGAAGUGAACCUUUUUCGCAAUUCUUUAGCGAACAAGAUACAAUGGCAGGUUUCAAUUUGAAGAGGGGAUCGUUGCAGACCCGAAGGUCCUCAAGGCUUCAAUCCUUCGCAGUUGAGAUACCUCCUCCAAGAGCAACCAUUUCUUCUACUGGUUCACCGUCGUCGAGUUCAGGGAGUGAAAGCGCCCAGAUCAGUGCAAAUGGGUGCAGUACUCCGGCUACAACUACGCACCCUACUCCUGUCCCCUCGGACAGUAUGUCAUUAGGCCGCCCAAAAAGAAUAAGUGCCUCUGCUCGCGCCUUGGAACUCCGAAAUAGCUCUUUCACGCUUGGAUAUCGCCGUAAAAGAAAUGUUACGGAGUUGACUGGGGAGCAGCCACUUGAAGAGUGUGCCGAUGCCCGUCUAGCUCUGGCACUCCAGGCAGAGGAGUACGGGAAGAACAUUGAUGUUAAGCGGAGAAAAGUUUCUGCAUCAACUUCCAACGGAAGAAACGAGAUAAAGAACUCUACUGAUGAAGACGAUGAAGACGAUGAUGAAUUGGAUGAUUCCUCUUUUUCUACAUCUGCGCAUACAAUGACCGCCAAUCGGUCCCGAAAACGCCCAGGGGCAAGGAGGCUCCCACUUGAUACAAGGAGUAGAUCGAGCGGGGAUCCCUUGCCGGCGGUCCAUGAUACGGAACCCCUUCUCCGUGAACUUCGCUUGGAUUUUCUAGAUGAUUCGAGCGACCUUUCUGAUGAUGGGUGGGAAGGUCCUGCCGACUUUUCCGAGACUUCACAUCCAGAAGAAGAGUCAGACACCGAUACUCCCAAUGCAACGAUCUCCCGCCCAAGUUCAACUCGGUCAACACGGCGACAGAGGCAGCGACUUACACGAGCUGAAAAAGAGCGAAAGAAGCUCGAAGAACAGCACCCAAAUGUCGCUACAAUGUGGGAAGACCUAAAAGGCAUUCCAGUGAUUACGCCUACGCCGGCACCGCAGCCUACGGGCAUAUCUCGAAGACUCAAGCCUUUCCAGCUUGAAGGGUUGAGUUGGAUGGGACAGCAGGAGCAGUCACAAUGGAAGGGAGGCCUCCUCGGGGACGAGAUGGGAAUGGGCAAAACCAUCCAGGCUGUUUCGCUUCUCAUGUCUGAUUAUCCCGUUGGCAUUCCGUCUCUUGUCGUUGUCCCCCCAGUCGCACUCAUGCAGUGGCAGUCAGAAAUUAAGUCCUAUACCGACGGUAAAUUGAAAGUUUUUGUCUAUCAUGGCUCCAAUUCCAAAGUGAAAAAUGUAACAGUUAAAGAACUCAAGUCUUACGAUGUCAUAAUGAUAUCCUAUUCCGGCCUUGAGUCGAUGCAUCGUAAAGAAGUGAAAGGCUGGUCCCGUGGUAAGGGACUUGUGAAAGAGGACAGUAUUAUCCAUUCUAUUCAUUUUCAUCGUCUGAUUUUAGAUGAGGCGCACAAUAUAAAGCAACGGACAACUAGUGUGGCUAAAGCAUGUUUCGCACUGAAGGCUAAUUACAAAUGGUGUCUCUCGGGGACUCCUGUCCAAAAUCGCAUUGGCGAAUUCUUCUCCCUGUUGCGUUUCCUUGAUGUCAAGCCGUUUGCUUGCUAUUUCUGCAAGAAGUGUUCAUGUGAAGAGCUCCACUGGUCUCAGGAUGAACUCAAACGUUGCACUCACUGCAAACAUACUGGUUUCGAUCACGUCUCCAUAUUCAAUCAAGAAAUUCUUAAUCCUAUCACCACUCCCGGGGCCCCCGAAAAACGACAAGACGCACUUGCUAAGCUACGCCUGAUUACUGACAGAAUUAUGCUUAGGCGAGUCAAGAAGGAUCAUACGGCGUCAAUGGAACUACCACCCAAGAGGAUUGAGAUUCACAACGAGUUCUUCGGUGAAAUCGAACGAGAUUUCUCGACCAGCAUUAUGACCAACAGUACUAGACAAUUUGACACCUAUGUCAGCCGUGGUGUCAUGCUGAAUAACUAUGCAAACAUUUUUGGUCUUAUUAUGCAAAUGCGUCAAGUUGCAAAUCAUCCCGAUCUAAUUCUGAAAAAGCAUGCGGAAGGGGGCCAGAACGUUCUUGUAUGCAGCAUCUGUGAUGAAGCGGCAGAGGAGGCCAUCCGCUCUCGUUGCAAGCAUGAAUUCUGCCGUCAAUGCGCUAAGGAGUACGUUCAGUCGUUUGAAUCCCGCGGAGAGCCAGACUGUCCUCGGUGCCACAUCCCCCUCUCCAUUGAUUUUGAGCAGCCGGAUAUUGAGCAGGAAGAAAGUGAGGUCAAGAAGAAUUCAAUCAUCAACCGUAUAAAGAUGGAGGAUUGGACCUCAUCAACAAAGAUCGAAAUGCUCGUGUAUGAUCUGUACAAACUGAGAAGCAAGAAGCAAACCCAUAAAUCCAUUGUCUUCUCGCAGUUCACCUCGAUGCUGCAGCUUGUGGAAUGGCGGCUCCACCGGGCAGGAAUUAGCACCGUGAUGCUCGACGGGAGCAUGACGCCGGUUCAGCGACAGAAGUCGAUUGAUUAUUUUAUGAACAACGUGGAAGUCGAGGUAUUCCUUGUAUCUCUCAAGGCCGGAGGUGUUGCCCUAAACCUGACAGAAGCGUCGCGUGUGUUUAUUGUUGACCCGUGGUGGAAUCCAGCGGCUGAAUGGCAAAGCGCAGAUCGUUGCCAUCGUAUUGGGCAGCGGAGACCCUGUGUGAUCACAAAACUGUGCAUCGAGGAUUCCGUCGAGUCUCGGAUGGUUUUGCUUCAAGAGAAGAAGGCGAACAUGAUAAAUGGCACGAUCAACAAGGAUCAGAGCGAAGCCCUUGAGAAAUUGACACCGGAAGAUAUGCAGUUUUUGUUCCGUGGAAACUAACCGAUACCAAAGGUCCAGGAUUCGGGGAGAAAAGGUCACGGACGGUGAGUUACCCUAGGCGAGGCCGUCAACGCUGUAACGUGAAAUAUGCGGGUAUGACUCCGUAUGGAUGGGAGGUUCCAGGUAUUACCUGGUUCGAUACCAGAAAUUGCUAGGAAGGGAUACUGGUUUUAUUGCGCUACUCUUUUUCCCCGUGGGGUCUACUCCAUGGGGUUUGAUGAGAUGUCCUCUUGAGUACCCGAUACAUACAAAUAUAAGUGUAGUAAGAUG